AUGGCCGGGAGACCCGGCGCGACGGCCGCCUCCAGCGAAGAGUUCUCCUUCGUCAGCCCACUGGUGAAAUACCUGCUCUUCUUCUUCAACAUGCUCUUCUGGGUGAUUUCCAUGGUGAUGGUGGCCGUGGGUGUCUAUGCUCGCCUGAUGAAGCAUGCAGAAGCAGCCUUGGCCUGCCUGGCGGUGGACCCUGCCAUCCUGCUGAUUGUGGUGGGCGUCCUCAUGUUCCUACUCACCUUCUGUGGCUGCAUUGGAUCCCUCCGCGAGAACAUCUGCCUUCUGCAGACGUUCUCCCUCUGUCUCACCGUUGUGUUCCUGCUUCAGCUGGCUGCUGGUGUCCUGGGCUUCGUCUUCUCAGACAAGGCCAGGGGAAAAGUGAGCGAGAUCAUCAACAAUGCCAUCGUGCACUAUCGGGAUGACUUGGAUCUGCAGAACCUCAUUGAUUUUGGCCAGAAGAAGUUCAGCUGCUGUGGGGGCAUUUCUUACAAGGACUGGUCCCUGAACAUGUACUUCAACUGUUCCGAAGACAACCCCAGCCGUGAGCGCUGCUCUGUGCCUUACUCCUGUUGCUUGCCCACCCCCAACCAGGCAGUAAUCAACACCAUGUGUGGCCAAGGUAUGCAGGCCCUGGACUAUGUGGAAGCUAGUAAAGUCAUCUACACCAAUGGCUGUAUUGACAAGCUGGUCAACUGGAUCCAUAGCAACCUUUUUUUGCUUGGUGGCGUGGCACUGGGCCUGGCAAUCCCCCAGCUGGUGGGCAUCCUGCUAUCUCAGAUUCUGGUGAAUCAGAUCAAAGAUCAGAUCAAGCUUCAGCUCUACAACCAGCAGCACCGGGCUGACCCGUGGUACUGA